UCGGCUUGUGCUAUGACGAGGUCGACAGAGGUCGCGGUACUGUUACUGUCUAGUUCAGUACGGAGUUUUGCUGGUGCUGAUGAGACCCAUCAGGUUGCCGGAGCCGCCCGGCGGGUUUCGGGGCGUCCCGGAGGUCUUUGAGGGAGCGAUAAGGCGAGCGGUUGUGAUCGGUAACGGAUUCGCGGGCGCGGAGAGUCAGAGCAUCGGUCUGGUCCGAGCUCUCGGCCUCGCCAGCCACCACUCCCUAUAUCGCGUGACAAGGCCAAGUGGAGGUAUCAACAAGUGGCUUCAUUGGCUUCCUGUUUCUCUACACAAAAAGUUGAAUUCCAUCCUGGGCCAAGUCCGCGGAGUGUCCCAGUUUCAGAAAGGAGAGAGUAGAGUACUCCCUAUUUCAGCUGAGAAAAGCGGCUUGUUAGAUAUCCUAGAAGCUGAUGCAAAGCAGAUUGCCACAAUGGCUCGUGAAACAUUUGAGAAGGAUGGUCCAUUGCUGGUGAUUGCUUCAGGUCGAGAUACUAUUCCUGUUGCAAGCUCAAUAAAACGGUUAGCUCCAGAGAAUGUUUUUGUUGUUCAGGUACAACAUCCAAGGUCACAUUUGGAUAGGUUUGAUUUAGUUAUUGCUCCACGUCAUGAUUAUUAUCCUUUGACACCUGAAGGACAGAAAGAAAUCCCUUGGUUUCUUCGGAGAUGGAUUACUCCAUGUGAGCCUCCUGAUAAAAACGUGAUUCUCACUGUUGGCGCUCUUCAUCAAGCUGAUUCUGCUGCUCUCAGGACUGCUGCUUCUGCUUGGCAUGAUGAGUUAGCCCCAUUACCAAAACCUUUACUUGUGGUUAAUAUUGGAGGACCUACAAGCAAUUGCCGUUAUGGUGAAGAUCUUGCAAAGGAGUUAACAGAGAAGCUGCAGAAUGUUCUCUGGAGCUGUGGAAGUCUCAGAUUGUCAUUCUCAAGGAGAACGCCAGAGAAGGUCUCCAGAGUCAUAAAAAAAGAACUUGCCAGUGAUCCUAAGGUUUGCAUUUGGGACGGUGAAGGUUCGAACCCUCACAUGGGACAUUUAGCUUGGGCCGAUGCUUUUAUCGUGACAGCUGAUUCUGUGAGCAUGUUGAGUGAGGUCUGCACUACCGGGAAGCCUGUAUAUGUUGCUGGGGCUGAGCGCUGUACAUGGAAGUUUUCCGACUUCCAAAGGUCUUUGCGGAAGCGAGGUGCUGUUCGACCAUUCGUUGGUAAAGAAAAUAUAUCUGAGACGUGGAGCUACCCUCCACUGAAUGAUACAGCAGAAGCCGCUGCUCGGGUGAAUGAAGCAGUUGCUCAGCGUGGUUGGACAAUAUUGAGAUGAUGCAGUCUACGAUCCGAUGUCUGGCGGCAAAUCCAAGAGAUUCAGUUGGUGGAGCAAGUAAAAUCUGAAAAGUUUUGUCCUUCUUGGCUGCAUCCUUUGAAGGAAACAUACCAACUGGCUUCACUCUGCCUUGUAUCCUCUCCCCGAAUACCAUGCCUUGCGGGAAAUUCGGUCUUUGAAUUUGACUAUUCGAGGAGAACAGUUUUGCAGAGUGGCUGUUCGUCUGAAACUUACAGGGCAUGGAUCCCAUCUGUUCAUUCUCUGAUGUAACCAAUCUUUCUUGAAUACAACCUUCCAAGUUUACCCACAAAA